UUAACCCAACUAUUGUCCGAGUUAAGUUUUGAUAUAUAAAUAAACAUGGAAUCAAAAUUAUCCUCAUGCAGUUCUUUCUCUCUUCAUCAUCUUCUCACACCAUUGCCACAAGAACAAUCUUCAUCAACCAUGGCUACCCAAUUCCUCAUUCUCACCCUUCUCAUCUUCUACACCACCCUCACUUUCACCACAGCCCGAGACACAAACACAGGUUUCGUAGGUUCACCAGACCCCAAGGCAUUAGGUUUAAAGGAAAAACUCAGUUUUAGCCAUUUCCGCUUCUACUUCCACGAGAGGUUCGCCGGAAGCAACCCCACCUCCGUCUUCGUGGUUCCGCCUGUACCCAAGUACAACUCCAGCACCUUAUUCGGCGCGGUGGGGUUCAUGGACACCGCCUUGACAGUGGGACCGGAGCCAACCUCCAAGGUGGUGGGAAGAAUCGAGGGUUUGGUUGCAGGAACGUCGCAGAGGGAGUUUAUCUUGUUGGUGGUUCUGAACUUCGUGUUAACCGAAGGGAAGUACAAUGGGAGCACCAUCACUGUGUUGGGGAGGAACCGCGUCACCCAAAACAUCAGGGAGAUUCCGGUAAUUGGAGGCACUGGAGUGUUCAGAUUUGCCACGGGAUAUGCAGAGACUAAUACCAUUUUUCUUGAUCCGAAAACGAGGUCUACCAUUGAAUACAACAUUUAUGUUUCCCACUACUGUUGAGUUAAAUUAACAUAGUGGUUCGUUUAGUUACUUAUCCUAUCUUACACUGUUUCCAAUUUGAAUGUUUCCUUCUAGGGAGUGUGGGAAGAUUGUUUACUGGGUUAUAGUGUUAUAUUGUUUGUUUUUAGUGUCGUGAAGAUAGAAAAAAUGGUAUACAUGGUUGGUAGGGUUUGCUCA